AUGGGAUGAGAUGGAUAUUUAUGCAACCUCACAGCUCAGUUUCCACUGGAUCUUAUAAGUAACGCAUCAAACCCCUUCUAAGUAUGAGAAAUAAUAUACAUGGGCCUUUGUACAAUCUAGUGGAAUCUAAGCAGUGAAGUCCCAUAAAGGCCCACCUCCCUUGGAUAAUAUCAUUGGGUUUUAUUAAGAUGCUGAUCCCCCACCCCCCAAAUACUGUUCAUGCUACUAUGCGUCAGACAAAACAUUUUCCGAAAAUGACAAACAUCAGGAUGAAGUCUGUCAAGGUGGAAAGCCUAUCAAUGUUCGUAAAUUCCAUGUAUGUGAUAUAUCUUGAAAAGAAUAAUUUCCUCACUUCCUAGAGUUAUUUACUCCCUUUGAAAGGAUGGUUGCUUAACUUUUGAAUAUCAUUUGAGGCUCAAGUUAGCCUCAUUCCUUUUAACCAGUUUGGCUUGUUCACCAGCUAUGACCAUUCUUAGGCAGACAUAGCUUGGUCACAGAAUUGGCAUACAAGUUAGUUUAUACUCAUGGGUUUCAUACUGAGCUGCCCUUGAAGAUGAUCCAGAAGAUGCAGCUAAUGCUAUUGCAGAAUGCAUUUUAACUGAUAUACCAUGUUUCCCCGAAAAUAAGACGGUGUCUUAUAUUAAUUUUUACUCCCAAAGAUGCACUAGGUCUUAUUUUCAGGGAAUGUCUUAUUUUUCCAUUAAGAAGAAUUCACAUUUUUGUUGAACAAAAAAUGAACAUUUAUUAUAUACUGUACAGUAGAUGUCAUCACGAAGCAACAUAACCAAACAAACCGUGAAUCCUAUCAAGAAUUUCUUGUUACUACCAUUGUUUCCAUGUACAGCACUCUAUGGUACAUACGUUUACCAAUCCUGCAUGCUCUGGUUUUCUGUUCGGCGGACAGGCUUCCAAACAAAAACUUUGCUAGGUCUUACUUUUGGGGGAGGCCUUAUAUUUAGCAAUUCAGCAAAACCUCUACUAGGUCUUAUUUUCAGGGGAUGUCUUAUUUUUCGGGAAACAGGGUAGUCUGAGGGAUGUUCAGUCACUACUUAAGGUACCGGAUCUUACAAAGUCCAAACCAGUACAAUAGCAUGCUUUUCAAUCCUUUGAGGUGCAAACACAAAUGUUUUUAGAUAAAUGUUAAAAUAUUUUCUGUAAUUAUUUCCUUACUCUAAUGCAUUUUUCCUCUGUUUUUUCUCUUGCUUUGGAGUCCUUUUGAGGGAAUUUUAUUAUUUCUGUACCAUGCUUUGGAUUUAACUGUACUGAUGCACUACCUGAUACAGUCAUUUCAUUCACUCCCUACUAUUAUAUUAACUUGUAGAUGAAAUAUGCUAAUAUGAUUACCUCCUUAUCUCUCACCCCAAAGAUCACAUAUGGCUCUGCUCCACUAAUGGAUAACACAAAGGAGGCUCUUUUCUUUCACCACAUGCUCCCAAGUGGCACCCACCAAUACAUUGGGAUUCUCGACUUAAUUUUGCAUUUCCAGUGGAAGUGGAUUGGGCUGGUGUAUUUCUAUCGUGAAAUGGGAGAAAGAUUUGUACAUAAAGUACUUCCCGUGUUCUUGCAAAAAGGUAUUUGCUUUGACUUCAUAAAAGCAGCAUUCCUAAUAAACAUUUUCAGUGAAUUUGAAACAAUGGCAAAUGAGCUUAUUGAAACGUCAUACCUUAUUGGGAAAAGUACUGCCAAUGCAGUGAUCAUACAUGAUGAAAUUCAGUCAAUUGUACUUUUGAGAAUAUGGAUAGAAAUUCCAUUUAACUUUGAUUUACCAAAAAUAAAUAAAGUCUGGAUAAUGACAGCGGAAAUAGAUUUUGCAUCGCUCCCAAUUCAAAGAGACUGGGACAUGAGCUUCAUCAAUGGGGCUUUAUCCAUUUCACGUCUCCCAAAAAAGGUUUCAGGAUUCCAUGAAUUCCUGCAGGACAGAAAACCAGACACCGAUCAAGAGGAUGGCUUUAUCGGGGACUUCUGGCAACAGGCAUUCAUGUGUUCUUUUCCCGGGCUCAAUUUAGACGAGUCCCCUGAAAAUAUCUGCACUCAGGAGGAAAAGCUGGAGACUCUUCCUAUGUCUGUUUUUGAAAUGAGCAUGACCAGCCACAGCUACAACAUCUACAACGCUGUCUAUGCUGUCGCUCAUGCUUUGCAUGACAUGGAUUCAUCCAAAUUCAAACACAGAAGAACUGAGAUCAGAGAUCUUCAAAAAAUGCAGUCAUGGCAGGUAAUGUUUGGAGCACAAUGUUACAGAAUCAUUCACCUUAUUUGUAUGUUUAGCCCCCAAGUUUUCUGGAUAAUUUAGAAUUUUAGUGUCUAGGCACUAGGACUGGGUCACCUUCCAUCCAAGCACUAGAAUGAAUAGAAUAGAAUAGAAUAGAAUAGAAUAGAAUAGAAUAGAAUAGAAUAGAAUAGAAUAGAAUAGAAUAGAAUAGCUGUAUUGUCAUUGUACUGUUGCACAACAAAAUUAAAUGCUUCCCCCAAACAGACCACAUAAACAACACACCCAUCCCUCCACGUCCCCACGACCACCGCACCGCCCCCAAUGCCACACCAAAGUGAAAUCAUGGAGUUCAACAUAGCCACAGCUCUAAGAUAGAAGCUGUCUCUCUGUCUAUUUCUCCUUGUCUUUGUGACCCUAUACCGUUUGCAUCUGCAGAUGGCAAUCAUUCAAGUAAGGAAUAUGCUGGGUGAGAUGGAUUCCCAAAAAUGCCCUGAGCUUUCUUAAGACUAAGGGACCUAUAAAGUUCUUCCAAAGAGGGGAGAGGGCAACCAAUGAUUCUCUGUGCAGUAGUGGUGACCCUUUGGCCAUUGUGCAGUUACCAAACCAUGUGUGGAUGCACUAUCCAAGCACUAUCCAGGGCUGACCCUGUUGAGCAUUCAAGAUCAGGUGGAAUCUCUUUCCUGGUUAAUGCAGUCUAUACUGGAAGAUGUGCACGCACUGCUCAGUGUGCUAGACAUUUCCUAGCUUUAUAUAAAAUAACUCAUUAGUAUCACCAAUAAACAUAUACCUUCUAUAAGAACACAUAGGUUCCCUUAAACGUAGAUGUCAAAUGCAAGCAUUUACUAUCAUAUGUUGUUUAUUUGGAAAGAGCAUCAUUUGUAACUGCAUUUUCUCCUCUCAAUUUAGCUUCUUCACUUCCUAAAACGAGUUAUAUUUAACAACACUGUUGGUGAACAGAUUUCCUUUAAUAAAAAUGGGGAAUUGGUAUCUGGGCUUGAUAUCGUCAACUGGGUCACAUUCCCCAAUGAGACCUUUAGUCGAGUGAAAGUGGGAAGAAUAGAUCCACAGUCUCUACCAACCGUUGAGUUCACUGUUCAUGAGGAUGCCAUGGUAUGGCCCAGCUGGUUCAAUCAGGUAGGACGUGAAUACAUUCCAUCAUGUGAUGAUUUCCACUCUCCCAAAAAAGGAUGUACAGUAUCUCACUGUCAGAUUCCCAUAUCAUAAGCAUAUCAUCUCGGUAGGAAAACUAUCAAACAACAUUCAAACUAGAGAGUGUUUUUCAUGAACUGGAAAUACUACUUUCAUUCUUUCUUCUCCACUGAAAAGGUCCUCCCUCCUGUUUCUACCAAGCAUAUUUGUUCAGAUGAUGGAACCAAAAAUGGUAGACUUUUUUUAAAAAAAAUAUCAGGAUCCAGGCAGUCUGAUUUGUCCAAUAAUCUAGAUCUACGUAUGUUGUGUAGGCCUUUCUGGUUCACAACCAACACUUUGAAUUGAGGAGAUCACAGACUUUGUGGAUUUACUCUUGGUCCCAGCUGAAAUUUCUGAACACUCUUUAAAGUUAGCCCUCAUGGAGUGUGAUAAUAAUCCAAAUCAGAUGUUAUCAAGGCAUGUAUAACUGUGGAUGGAUCAGGCUUCUUCAGCAUUGGGUGGUGGUAGCCCCAUAGCCUUUCAGUGUUCCAGAGCACACCUGGAAUCCGCAGAACCCUGGGCAAUUUUAAUAUUAGUGACCAUCUUUCCUGCCCUGCUAUAUUCAAGGCUGAGGCCACAUAAGUUGCGUAUCUGUGUACUUCCAGUGUAAAGUUAACCACCACAGGGUGUCUCCUGAUUGGUUUAUCUGCCUUUCAACUGACCGUGAGCACCUCUGUCUUGUCAGAACUCACACUCAGUUUCUUUGCCCUCAUUAGUUCAUUACAGAUGCCAGACAAAAUUUAAAACUCAAACAGAUUCCACUGAAUUAUAUUGGAGGGGGAAAGAGAGCUAAAGGCCAUCACCAUGAAAUAUUUCCCUUUAUUUGUUGAUAGGCACAA